AUGUUGUUGGCCCUCUUAUCCACGCCGGUGCAUCACCACGCUUUUUCCAUUCCGCGCCAAGGCCCUCGUUGGCUGGUCGCUCAAAGUGCAUUUCUUCGACAUGCUGAAGUCAAUGUUGAGGAGCCCAGAGUUGGGCCGCUGACGUCGAAUGGACAUGCAGACGACAUGAUCUGGGUCGCCGUCGACAUUCAAGGACUCACCUCCGAGCUAAGUGAUUGA